AUGUCGCCCAACGGCCAGAAAAUGGAUAACGUGACACCCAUAGCGGUGGUGGGAAUGAGCUUUCGCGGUCCCGGCGAUGCCACAGAUACAGAAGGUCUCCUGCGAAUGGUGGCCGAAGGCCGUGAGAGCCGAUCUGAGAUUCCAAAGCAGAAAUGGAACCACGACAGUUUCUAUCACCCAGAUCCGAGUCGAUAUGGCACAAAGAAAAAAAAGCACAAUGUCAAGUAUGGACAUUGGUUCGAGCAAGACGUGUACGAGUUCGAUGCGCCAUUUUUCAACAUAUCAGCACCCGAGGCAAUUGCUCUCGAUCCCCAGCAGCGGAUGCUGUUAGAAUGUUCGUACGAAGCUUUCGAGAACUCCGGCAUUCCAAUGUCCAAGGUGAUUGGGACAAACACGUCCGUUUUCGCGGCUUGCUUUGCGACGGACUAUACAGACAUGCUCUGGAGGGACCCCGAGACUGUACCAGUCUACCAGUGCACAAACUCCGGGUUUUCACGGGCGAACAUGGCAAAUCGCAUAUCCUACUCUUUUGAUUUAAGAGGGCCUAGCGUAACAGUCGACACAGCAUGCUCUGGUGGCUUGACUGCUCUGCAUCUGGCUUGUCAGAGCUUACUAUCUGGCGAUGCAAAACAGGCAAUUGCAGCCGGAUCGAGCUUGAUUCUGGGCCCUGAAGUUAUGGUGACAAUGAGUAUGAUGAGGUUCCUGUCUCCUGAUGGGAGAUGUUACGCUUUUGACGAGCGUGCGAACGGUUACGCUCGGGGUGAGGGAGUUGCUGUUCUGCUUCUGAAGCGAUUGGAUGACGCGCUCGCCGAUGGCGAUACGAUCCGAGCGAUCAUUCGCGGCACAGGUUGCAACCAAGAUGGAAAGACCCCUGGUAUCACAAUGCCCAACGGGGUCUCGCAAGAGGAAUUAAUAAGAUCGGUGUAUGAGAAGACCGGCCUUGACCCACUGGAGACAUCAUACGUGGAAUGUCACGGGACAGGCACCCAGGCAGGUGACACGACCGAGACGGGGGCUAUACGAACUGUUUUUGGCCGUCGCCAGCCACAAAACGCACUCGCUAUCGGGUCUGUCAAAACAAAUAUUGGCCACCUUGAGGGCGCGAGUGGUCUUGCAGGCGUCAUCAAGUCAAUACUGAUGUUAGAGAACGAGAUCAUCCUCCCGCAUCGGAAUUUCGAGAAGGCGAACCCACGUAUCCCACUGAAAGAGUGGGGUCUUCGCGUACCAAUUACUGUCGAACCUUGGACGUGCUCAUCGCCUCGUCGUGUGUCCGUAAAUAGCUUCGGCUAUGGUGGAGCGAACGUCCACGCCAUCCUCGAAAGUGCCAAAGACUUUCUGCACGCACGAGGUUUCGAUCCUAAUGUUUCUACGAGAAGGUCCGCAUUUGCUGUCAGGGCGAUUCAAGAAGCUCUUCAACUCGGGCCCACCAAUGGCCACUCUGUCGCCAAUGGUCACUCAUUUACCAGCGGUAAUGGGAUCUUAGCGCAGUCGACCCCAACAAUGCUCUUUGCGCUUUCCGCCUUCGACCCAACAGCUGGAGAAGCAUGGGCUGGGAAGCUCGUGGAGUACGUGACUCAAAGACAAAGCGUACCAGACGCGGCAUUCCUUCGUAGCCUUGCGUUCACCCUCAGCAACAGGAGAACCAUUCACUCGUGGAAAGCCGUCGUGGCGGCGUCCUCCAGUUGGGAGUUGAUCUCACAACUGAAGAAGGCGCAGUUCGUCAAUAUCCCUCCAAGGCGCAACCUUGGCUUUGUAUUCACCGGUCAGGGGGCUCAGUGGUGUGGAAUGGGAAAGGAGCUCAUCAAUGCCUUCCCACGGUUCCAAGAAAGCCUUCAAAGAUGCGGAGAAGCGCUAGUACGCCUAGGAGCUCCGUUUGAUGUGCUAGAGGAGCUCCAGAAAGACUUUGAGACUUCCCAAGUGAACAAAGCAGUAUACAGCCAGCCUCUUUGUACAGCGCUACAGAUCGCCUUGGUGGACCUACUCGAUUCUUGGGAUAUCCAUCCCAAUUCCGUCACUGGACACUCUAGUGGAGAGAUUGCGGCCGCUUACUGUGCCGGUGCAAUUAGUCUUGAGGAUGCUAUGCUCCUGGCAUACGCCAGAGGAUGUGCGACGACAGACUUAGCCAGGAAAGGUGUCGACGGUACCAUGGCCGCAGUGGGCAUGACGCGAGAAGAGCUUAGCCCAAUUCUGUCGGACUUGCGGAACGGAAAGGCUGUGAUAGCUUGCUCAAACAGCCCUUCAAGCAUCACUGUUUCUGGUGACAAGAGUGCUAUUGAUGAGCUACAGCAGGUGCUUCGGGAGCAAGGUGUCUAUAACCGGAGGCUAGUUGUUGGGGUGGCAUAUCACUCUCAUCAUAUGACUCUUGUCGCGGACAGCUACCGGGCCGCCAUUUCUAAAAUCAGAGCCAGCGAAGGAAACAAGCUUGACUUCUUCUCUUCUGUAACAGGGAAGCUGUUAGAAAAAUCAAAGCUAGGCCCAGAGUAUUGGGUCAGCAACAUGGUUGGCGAAGUGAAAUUCGCUCAAUCACUCGGCCAAAUGGCAAAUCAUCAGGCCCCUAACAGAGUGCAAACUCUGGUCGAGAUUGGCCCUCAUGGAGCACUCGCAGGGCCAAUCAGGCAAGUUCUUGAAGCCGAUGAGGGCCUGACAAAAUCAUCAAUAGAAUACCUCUCCAUUCUUACUCGGAAGAAGAAUGCUGUCACUACAGCGUUGAGUGUUGCAUCUACCCUGUUUGUUUCUGGAAAUACCGUUCAAGUGUCGGCCGUGAAUCAAUGCAGCGGGUUGAAGAUUCCGCCAUUGAUCGACCUGCCAUCCUACGCCUGGAAUCACUCGAGGACAUACUCCGCUGAAUCUCGGAUUAGCAAAGUAUACCGUGAACGAGAGAAUCCGAGGACUGACCUACUUGGUGUGUUGGAUGUCCAUUCAAGCACGCUGGAGCCGCGUUGGCGGCAGAUUAUUCGUUUGUCGGAGUUGCCAUGGCUCCGAGACCAUAACAUCCAAUCCACUAUCAUUUAUCCAGCUGCUGGAUACAUUACCAUGGCAAUGGAGGCAGCUAGGCAGCGGGUCCUGCGGGCAGCGCCGGGGACGCAGGUUCUGGGAUAUCAAUUCCGCGACGUGAACAUCAGUUCCGCGCUUCUUAUCCAGGAGACGCCUGGCCAAGUUGAAGUCAGCAUCACGCUCAAACGCUUCUCCGAAAGUGUACGGUCGCCAUCGGAUCUCUGGGACGAGUUUUCGAUUUCAUCCGUAUCGAGUGAGAACCGAUGGACAGACCACUGCCGGGGUUUGAUUGCGGUACAAACGCCGCCCAAAACGUCAAACCCUUCGAAGCGGGGGGAGUUCUAUUCCCGCCUCUCACAAAUCGGGAUGCGAUAUGGCCCAACAUUUGCCAACAUUCAUGAUAUGCGCUCCGCGCCGGGUCAUUGCAUCAGCCGAGUGGAAAUCCCGGACACGAGAGUGGUGUUGCCAAUGCAAUAUGAGCAAGCCUGCGUCAUCCAUCCAUGUACUCUAGACAGUAUAUUCCAAACUUACCUGCCAGCGCUAGCGGCGCAGAUGGAUGAACUAGGCAAUCCUGUGGUCCCGGUCUGCAUCGAAGAUAUGUUCAUUGCCCAUGAGUCCUCCAGACAGCCAGGCGACAUUCUUGCCGCUUACUCGUCGACCAUUUCCAAGGACAACCAGUUCUUCACUGCGGAAAUUACUGUCUUCGACGGCCCAUACGAACCAGGCGACAGGCCAGUGGUUCACGUGGGCGAGAUGACACUGGCGGCCCUAGAUCAAGAUGGUGCGGAUGAGAGCGAUGAUUACGUUCCUCCAAUGGUAUUCAACUUGAAAUGGGCCCCCGAUGUGGACCUGUUGAGCAAAGCGCAGAUUAUCGACAUAGUUGGCCAGGCGGCAACUACCAACCUCAUAGAAGAGAUCGGCGCGGAGGCUGUUGGUGCGAGCUCGGGAGUGUCUGAGAACAACAGACUGGCAGCAGGUUAUCUUCACCUCCUGGCUCACAAGAAGCCAGAUCUCAGUGUGCUCACCGUAGGAUUUCAAUCUGGACCCGCAGCGCUGAACCUGCUUUCUCUGCUAUCCCAACUGGCCGGCAGCGUUGCCCCAUUCAAAACGUUCCAUCACACCGAUGCGGAGUUUGAUCUAGACCAGGUGGCUAAGGCCAAAUUCCCUGCCUGGGUAGAUUCAAUUACUUUCAAAAACUUGAAAACAGAAGGCGGCAUUCCGAAGGACACGAUGAGAGGUGUAGAGGGCACAUACGAUGUUGUGGUGGCGUUCAACGUCCUCGGAUACAGCAGAGGUCUUUCGCAAAGCUUUUCGUCAGCCUCAAAACUGCUCAUGCCGAGCGGUAGAUUGUUACUCGUGGAUCACGCCCCGGCUUCAUCUCUUGCUACUCUGCCACAGGAUUCUCUCGUAGGUUUUAUCUCCAGCGAAGAUGACCCCUCCACCGCCAAGUCAUCAUUGACUGUUGAUCUUUUGGCGCGAAAGGUAGGGUACAAAACACACCAGGCACUGUCCGAGGGCGUCAUGGUUUUCCAGACAGAGAACGAGCCAAGCUUGGGCAGCAAUAUCACGGGAGUUCUCAUCGUUGUUGACGACGAAGCUCAACCAGCAGUUGACCUGGUUCGUUUGCAAACGAUCUGCGAAGAUAUCGGCUUGGCAACAGAGAUAGUGCCACUCUAUGACGCAAACCCCAGGCCAACUCAGGCGUGCAUUGUGCUCUCUGAGCUGUCAAGGCAGGUGCUGGCAGCGCCUGAGCCCGCCGAGUGGGAGGCCAUCAGGACAAUGGCCCACCGUGGAGCCGGCCUUCUUUGGCUCACCCAAGGCGCUGGUGGUGAUAUUUGCUCAAAUCCUGAGGCGUCACUUGUGCAUGGGCUCGCCCGCACCAUCCGCUCAGAGACAGGAGACCGGCCCAUAGUUACAUUUGAUCUGGACAGUAUCCAGACUCUCGGAGCCGAGGCUGCCGCUGUAUACAUUGCAGAUGUCUUCCAGUACAUGGUGCAAUAUGCCAGUGGCAGCGAGGUUAUGGAACCAGAGUUUAUUGAGCGGAAUGGCGUUCUUCAAUUACCGCGGCUAGUCGAGGACGUCGGUGCUAGAGAGAAUCUGCAGUCUGGAAGUGGGACGAGAGGGUCCAAGGCGACGCCAUCACUACAGCGGCUGGACAAAGUGGGCUCCUCUCGUCUAUUUGUGGGUACGCCUGGGCUGCUGGACAGUCUUCACUUCGCGCCAGACGACCGUACCGCUAGCCAUCUGGAGAAUGGGAAGGUCGAGGUAGAGGUCAAGGCGGUGGGCAUCAAUUUCAAGGAUGUCAUGAUGGCGAUGGGUCAGAUCCAGGUGGAUGAUCUGGGUUGUGAGUGCAGUGGCAUCGUUUCGGCUGUGGCUGGUGACGUCGUGACUGACCCUCACGGUCUUCGGGUUGGAGACCGGGUCAUGUGCUUGAGUUCAGGAUCAUUCUGUACGAGGUUACGGCUCGACGCUAGGCUGGCGGCGCGCAUUCCCGAUUCCAUGUCCUUUGAGACAGCGGCUGCGCUACCAAUCACACACGUAACCGCAUACCACUCAUUACACAACAUCGCGCGCCUACGCAGAGGCGAGACCAUACUGAUCCACGCCGCCACAGGUGGUUUGGGUCAGGCCUUCGUCGAAAUGAGCCAACUGGCUGGCGCGGACAUCUUUGUCACCGUGGGCAACGCGAAGAAAAAGAGUUUCGUUAUGGAUCGAUUUGGGCUGGCGGAAGAACGGAUCUUGUACAGCCGAGAUAUGAGCUUCGCUAGCGAUGUGAUGCAGUUGACAGGAGGCCGCGGCGCCGAUGUGAUCGUCAACUCUCUAGCUGGCGAGGCCCUCCGGCAGUCCUGGAACUGCAUCGCCCCAUAUGGACGUUUCGUCGAGCUUGGUCAGCGGGAUAUCACCAUCAACACGCGACUGGAUAUGGCACCUUUUGCACGAAACGCCUCCUUCACUGCGUACAACUUGGCCUACACAAUGCGGGUUGACCCGCAAGCAGCACGCGACGUCCUGGUCGAGGUACUGACGCUGUUCUCCCAUGGUGCACUGCGAGGCCCUGAUCCACUUGAGACAUAUGGCUUCUCCGAGCUCCAACAGGCCUUCCGCAAGAUGCAGACCGGCCGACACAUGGGCAAGCUCGUGGCGAUUGCCAAACCGGACGACAUUGUAAAGCACAUCGCCGUCACUACUGGAAGACCGCUACUCCGGUCCGAUGCUGCUUAUCUGCUGGUCGGAGGUCUCGGUGGCAUCGGCCGUGCCACCGCUCUAUGGAUGGUCUCACGCGGAGCCCGCCAUCUCGUCUUCCUCAAUCGAUCAGGUACCGAGAGCGAAGCGGCGCGGGAUACGGUAAGUGCGCUACAGGCAGCGGGUUGCACAGCCACGGUCUUCGCAUGCGACGUUGCCGAUGCAGCUCAACUUGCGUCUACCUUGGAUAAAGCACGGCAGCAACUGCCACCCAUUCGUGGUGUUAUCCAGGGCGCCAUGGUCUUACGUGAUUGCAUGCUAGACAGAAUGUCCCUUGAGGAUUACUUGGCUGUCCUCCGGCCCAAGAUGCACGGCACAUGGAACCUCCAUGUUCACCUGCCGAUGGACUUGGAUUUCUUCCUAAUGGAGUCGUCAGUUAGCGGCAUAAUAGGAAACACAGCGCAGGCUUCCUAUGCUGCCGCAAAUACCUUCCUUGACGCAUUUUCCCGGUAUAGAAGAUCCCGCGGCCAACCGGCUACCACGAUCGACAUAGGCGCCGUGUCGGGCGUUGGUUAUAUUGCGCAAAACGAAGAGCUCAAACAGGCUAUGCAGCGGCAGGGAUUCGACUUCACAGAUGAAACCCGUCUGAUGCAUCUUCUGGAGUUCGCGAUAGGGAACUCCACCCGUGAGCCCCAUCGUGCUCACAUCAUCACAGGCCUAGGCGCCUACCAUCCGGACACAUCCCUUCCAGCCUUGAGCACCCCUAUGUUCUCACGCUACCGGAUGCUAUCUUCAUGCGCCACUAAUAUCAGCAAUUCUAACGACACGCUCCGUCAGGCUCUCAAACAAUCGAAAAACAUGAAUUCUGCGGUCGAGGUGGUACUCGCGGCUCUGGUGGACCAGAUCGUCUCCCACACUGGUGUCCCCAUCGAAAAUGUUAGCACAGGCCACAGCUUGCAGGAUUACGGCAUCGACUCUUUGGCCGCUGUUGAGUUCAGAAAUUGGCUUUCCAAGGAGAUGGAGAGCGUUGUGCCUAUCUUUGAGCUGUUGGCUGCUGAGUCUCUUGCUGUUUUAGCCUCCAAAAUCGCUGGUCGAAGCAGGCUAGUAGUUAGUGCGAGCGGACAAUUUUAG